AUCAGCAUUAUGGAUAAACUCAGUUCUAGUCUGUGACAACUAUUCCACACUACACAGGGGUAUUUGAAGAUUAAAGUUGAUAUAUAAGUCUUUAUAGUAGUUAUUAUUUAAAUUUGCAUAGUUUUAAUAUUCUAAAUAUUUGUUAUAAGGUGUUUUGCCACGUACUUGUAAGUACUUUACGUUUUACGGAGCGUAAUCUCAAAUUAGUACUGAACGAGUCUUAAAGAUAAUGUGGGCAUAAAGUAAUAAUACAAAAGAUAACACAUCAUUGUGCUAUAAAUAUGGGUAUGGAGAAACACUACAGGGAUGAGGAACUGUCAGAGUACCUCUACCCUCCAGAAAUAUUACAGAAAUUAGAUUUUACUAAGAGUCCUGCUACUUUUAAACCAAAAAUAAGUGCGGCAAGCCCAGGGGAGGAUUGGAUGGUGGUCAGACCUCUCCAGAGGUCAGAUUAUGAUAAAGGUUUUCUACAAUUACUAAGCCAAUUAACAAGCACUGGGAAUAUUUCAAAAAAACAAUUUGAUGAAAGAUUCACUCAAAUGAAAAUGUCUGGUGGGUACUAUGUCACAGUCAUAGAAGAUAAGAGACUGGCAAAGAUCAUUGGUGCAGCCACACUCACUGUGGAACAAAAGUUCAUACAUAACUGUUCCUUGAGAGGCCGUUUAGAAGAUGUUGUAGUGAAUGAUACCUACAGAGGAAAACAACUGGGAAAACUUAUUGUAGUGACAGUAUCGCUAUUAGCCCAUGAGUUGGGCUGUUACAAAAUGUCCUUAGAUUGCAAGGACAAGCUAAUUAAGUUUUAUGAAACUCUUGGUUAUAAACUUGAGGCGGGCAAUUCUAAUGCUAUGAAUAUGCGGUUUGAAGAGCCAUCCUGACAAUUAGCCGUUGGGUCAUCCGACUUGCGCUCCAAACUGUAAGUGUACAUUGACAGCUCGACACGGAUUUCGCAACAACACUACAAGAUAGACGUCAAAUUUAACGGUGUGAAUAUAGUCGCAAAUGGUACAAUCUGAACAAUGUCCAAAUUAUGUUACCAAAUAAAUUAGGUAGCUUUCGUAUUUAUAAAUAUUUGCUGAUAGCAGAGUUUUCUUUGGUUUAUACUUAUUAAAAAUGUAUAAAAAAUACCAACUGUAGCCCGUUUUCGGGUUUAUUUGAAAUCAGUUAAAAUUCAUUAUAGUUAACAAAACGAUAACGACCAGUGAAUGUUACUCCGGCGCAUUAAGCUUAUUUUUUUUUAAACAAAUCCCUUUCCAGUUACGAGCAUUAUAUUUAGAGAAAUAGGCAAAUAUUGUACCAGAUUCCUCAGCUUUUAGUAUAGUUGAUAAUAAAUAUUU